UACCAAAAUGUCCAGGAUGUCCCGUCACUGUCAUCGUACCUUACCCUUAUUGGCUGACAUCCAUGAGCAGAACGUAGCCUUUGUGGUCUCCGCCUUGGGAAGUGAGCCCUCCAACCUGUGUAGCCUGAAAGAACUACUCAUAAAGACUCUUUUUUCACUGGCCAGCAAAUCAUCGGAUUCCAUGUUCAAUAUCGUCAGCUGUGGCAGCAAGGUGUUAAAAUGGCAGACUGGAUUGAUGGAAUGUUCUCUCACCAAUGUCACUGAAGCAGCCGCCUGGAUCCGAGCCCUUCAGGUCAACAGCAGGGAUGGGGUUUUGAAUGCUGUAGCAGGAGCACUGGAAGAUCCCACCUGCCAAGCAGUGUACCUGUUCACCAGUGGGGUACCUGAGUGGUCUGUGUUGGAAAUCUAUAGUCACCUUAAGGAGACAGAGGAUGUACGACCAGUGCACACUGUGUACUUGGUAGGAAAUGGAGAGGAAAGUCAAAACAGCUCACAAAAAAUAUUGAAGAAAGUAGCCAUGGCGUCUGGUGGUUCUUUUCAAGCAAUUGGUCUCAACUCUGGAGGGGCUUCAGAUGAGGAUAUUCCUGACUGCACUGCAGGCAUUCACCAUUCUGACUGUAUCAGCAAGGAACACUGGUCCCCUCUGCUAACGGGCCAUUACACAACACAGUUUCCUUUGGGCGUGUGGAGUCCAGAUUCCCCUAACACAUUUCUGAGAAGCUCAGUAAAGGAGGAUUUAGCAGACUCAUCCCCAAAGAUUCACAGCUUGCUAAGGGGGAUCCGUGUCCUAGCCAGGAAAGAGACAGAUGGUUAUUACUAUCUAGGUCACAUUGUCCAAGAGGUGAAGGGCUCCAGAGACUGUGUUCUAAUUGAGUUUGAAAGAUCCCAGCGAUCACGGGAAGGCAAAGCUCAGUUACGAAUGCAAGAAACGGCCCUUUACGAUGUCAUUCAUUAUGAGGAUGCCAGGAGGCAGCCCUUAGCUCCAGGAGAUGGAAUCCUAGCUCCAUGGGAGAAGAAAGGUGAACGAUACGGCCCAGGCACUGUCCUCCAGGUUGCAGAGACUGGGUCACCUCAUUCAGCCUUUAAAAGCAGCCAGGUGCUGGUUAAUUUCUGGAACGGUCAGACUAAGAAGGUAUCUGCAGAUGUUGCUGUGCUCUACCGCAGAGCGGGUUGCUGGCGAUUCGAGCACUUUCUGAAGCGCCUGCGUUUCCAGAUCAACAUCUUCAUCCGAUUCAUGGUGAAAGAGGCACCUCGAGACAGUCCAAGAGAAGCAGAUGUCAACACAGCCAGAACAGAGUUCAAACGUCAGAAGUGGGAGCAGAGACGGCUUAAGGAGGAUCAACAGCGGCAGGAGGAGCACCUCAAAGGAGAGUUGCUGCUUGCCAGCAAGAGGCAGAGAUCACUCCAGCGAACCCUGCAAGGCGUGCAAAAGCAGCAAGAGGACCGUGGCAGGGCAGGGCUGCACGCGGAACAGCUCCGGACUGCAAGAGCAGAGAGGAGGAGGCAGGCAUCCUGUUUGCACGAAGAAGACAGGAACAAGGAGAAUCAAAGGCUAGACUACUUAAAGGCACAGCGCAAGCAGAGGGAGACGUGGCUGACCGAACACAACCAAACAAUCGAUGACCAUGAAAAAAAGAGGCUGGAGCUUCUCAGGAACAAAAAGCACUCCAUGCAAAAGGCUUUGGAAGCUGCACUGCAGGAGCAGGACAUGCAGACAAAGGAGAAGGCAGCUGCCAGGCCUCAAACGUUCCAAAAGUGGGAGCGGAUGUGCCAGCAGGUGGAAAAGGAGCAGCAGAAACACAAAGACCUCCAACAAUAUCUCAGAGAGCAGAACCUCUUAACACUCCGUGCCUCCCUGCUAGCAUAAAAGGCAUUGUGCCAUUUGAACCAGCCAAUGUAUGGAACAAAAGCUCCUGGUAACAGUCCUAUGCAGUGUGAUGUUGGGGAUUGUGAAAUGUUCCACUAAGGCUGUGUACAGACAAUGGCUUACCUGAGAACUGGAGGUGAUCGUGUAAGCCGUCACUGCUUGCAGUACACACAUUCAUUUUCUGUGUCCCAUCCCAU